AUGGAUUUGGACAGUGUUCUUGAAGAUGUUCUUGGAAGUAGCGGUCAAGGAAAUCUUAUACUGAAGCCUAGACAAAAAGAAGCUCUACAGUCGAUUGUUUUUAAAGGUCAGGAUUGUUUAAUUGUUCUUCCAACUGGCUACGGAAAGUCGUUGAUCUACCAAAUGCUACCAUCACUGUUUCAUAAAAUUAGUGCUAGGAACCUUUCAUCGAAGGACAAGUCAAUUGUCAUUGUUGUUUCUCCUUUGAAUGCCUUAAUUGAUGACCAAAUAAAUAAACUUAAAUCAGCUGGUGUCAAUUGUACAAGUUUGCGUGUUUGUGGUGACGAGGUCGAUGGCGCAUUUGAAGAGAAAAUUCUUGAAGACCUUCAAGCUGGAAAGUUUGAAUUAAUUUUUACACACCCCGAGGUAGCAGUAAGCAACAGGCAAUGUAGAGACCUAUUUUUGUCGGCUUACUACCAGAAAAAUGUUAGGGCUGUGGUGGUUGAUGAAGCACAUUGCAUCAUUGAGUGGUAAAUUAUGAUUAUCAUUACUUUUUGUUGUUGUUUUUCUCUGUUUGAUCAUUUUGUUAAUACUUUUAGGGUUAUAAGCUUUCUUAUGUUAGGGCUAAAAAUGGCCCCUACACCUAUUGUUAAGUUCCUGUUUCCUAGACUCAAAUUUUGGGUUACAUGAUCACUUUUGUCACCUCACACCUGAAAGGAUUUAACAUAAAGUUAGUUUUGUAGUCAGUCAUCCUUAGUUGCUGCUUUAUGAAGAUUCACAAAGGUUAUAAGUUCAAUGUUCUCACACCGGGAUCCAGACUCCAAAAUUUGAACUAUACAAUGAAACUCAAAGUUUACUAUGUGUAUUUACUUUGCAAGGACACAAUGAGCUGUUUCUAUUCUUAUCAUUGCGGUAAUGAUAUUUAUUGCCUUAUGCAAUGUACAUGCUAGAUCAACUAAAUGAAAAGGUUUUAUUAUGUCCAAAAGCAGCUAUCUUGGUAUUUCAAUUGCUUUUGAUGGGUGCCUUGAUCAGAUCACCAAAAAACUAAUAGUCAUAGACCUGUUAUGCUUGUAGACUUUGUUUUCUAAAUGUGUAAAAUUUUGAUGCUCUCAAGAGGUAUCAUGUGAUAUGUUUUCUCAAAUUUAAUGCACAUCUUUAAAAUUUGAAAGAAACAGUUCUGUUCUCCAAGUAUGAUCAAAUGACUUAUAUUAAGGCAACAAAGCACACAAGCAAAAGAAGUCUUUACAAGGUACAAAUGACUGUUUGGGUUCAUUUAAGUAGCAACUCGAUACUUAUCUUCACCAUUUGUUUUCCAGUGCAUAUCUGUGGCCAGUUCAAAUUGAAUGUCAUUCAUUUUUAGUGCAACUGUGUGUCCUCCUUUCACACUAGUAUGAAUCUCUAACUUCCCUAAGUAUUCCAUCACCACGUUGUUUAACAGCUACAGUGAAUGUUUGAAACACAGUAUAAUCUAACCGUAAAUUAAUGACCCAAGUCCAUCACAGAAAGCUGGUGGGAAAUUAAAGUAAAAAUUAUGUUCAAAACAAUACAACUGGGAAUUCUAAAAUAAUUUGUUGUCCAAAACUUUAAAAAAUGUCACUCUUAGAGAUGCUAAAUUCCUGGAUGGUGCCAUUUUGCUGACCUUGAGCAGCUUGCAUUAAUAUUUGCAUGAAUGUUAUGUGAUAAAUAUUAUUUUAUUAAUGUUAAGCAGGUUAAACAAAAUAUUUUCAGUUACAUCACAUAAUAAUAACAGAAAAGUGAACCUUGAACCUUUAAGCCCCAAUAAUGACCUCCAAUCAAGCAGAGGCCAAGAGAUUAAUUACCAGUGGCUAAGCUUCUUGAUAUUUCAGCAACCUCUGUAUAGUGCUACUAGGAAAAAUGUACACCUAAGAGCAGUUAAGGGAAAUUUCAUCACUGGGGCUUAAAGGGUGAAAAGCUAAUAUAACUACAUGGCCAUAUUGUUACUAAUAACAAAGUUAUUGCAGCCUUUUUCUUCUUAAUUCGACCCUACUAUAACGGCUUAGUUACUUGAAAGUCCCCUUUCAUGUAGUCAUUAUCGGUAAUUCUUGUGGCCAAAUUCUCUUAUUCUAGUGGCAAGUAUAACAGCAUUUCAGUGUAUCACUACAACAUUUUUACUUUGUGUUUCAUUGUUUAGGGGGCACAACUUCAGAGAAGACUACAGAAAACUAGGAACACUUUCCUCGGUAUUCCCCACGGCUAAGAUUGUUGCCAUGACAGCAACAGCAACAAAGGAAUAUCAAACAACCAUUAUGAAAAGUCUGAACAUGAAAGAUCCCAAACUUGUACAAAUCCUGACAGGCCUAGCAUUUUUUAUGAAGUACAGCAAAGGCCAUCCUAUCUUAAACAAAGUAACAUUAACCAGUUUGAAGAAAUUCUUUCACCCAUAGCAGAUGAACUCAUUAUUGCCAAUAUUAAAAUGCCUGUCACUAUUAUUUACUCAUCAUUAGACAUGUGUGGAGUUGGGUAUGCCUUUGUGGAGAGAAAGCUUGGGGAUCACCAGUUCUACCCUAUUGGGGCUCCCCAAAUUCCUCUUAACAGGCUUUUUGCUCAAUUUCACUCGCCACAGACAGACAAAAUGAAACAUGAACUUAUUAGCAGCAUUGUUUCAGAGUCAUGCAAACAGAGAGUAAUAUUUGCUACUGUGGCAUUUGGCAUGGGGGUCGACUCUCCU